UCCGUCGCUCAAAGGAGUAAGGGAGAGAGAUCCCCAGCACAGCACCGGCUCGCCUUCCUAAUACCUCACCACCGCCCAUUCCCACUCCACUUGGUAUCUGUUCUUAUAUAGAACGAGGGUAGCAUCCUGCUUUUUCCUUCUUUCUCCCUUCGUCAGGUUGCCCGGCUUCUUCUUCUUCUUCUUCUUCCUCCUCCUCCAGCCUAUAGAGGGUAGACAGACUUCAAGCCCACGAAGCCCCGCCCCCAUCGAGCCAGCCCUGAGACCUUUGUUGUGUUCUCUUCUUCCAUCACACGGAACCUCGACACCAUCGACAACUCCACCUCUUUAGUCAUCGUCAGACAAGAUGGCCUCCAACGAAGUCACCAGCUCGGAGCACGUCCGCCCCACAACGGCCCCAGGCAAGAAGUCCUUCCAGGAAGUCGAGCGCUCCAUCUCCCAUGAGAAGGCCGACCAGCAGCGCCUCGAGAAUGUCGACAAUGAGCUGUCCAAGUACGUCGGCGACGGCUCCGUCACCGUCACCCGGGAACGCAGCGACGAGCUGCGAAAGAUGAUCGACCGCCGCGUCCUCGUCAUCAUGAUUGGCACCUACUUCCUCCAGGCCAUCGACAAGGGCACCAUGUCCUUCGCCUCCAUCAUGGGCCUCCAAGAGGACACCCACCUCAAGGGCCAGGAGUUCUCCUGGCUAACCACCUGUAUCUACAUUGCUAUCCUAUUUGUCGAGUACCCCCAGAACUACAUCAUCGCCCGUGUCCCCAUCGCAAAGUAUCUCAGCUUCUCCAUCAUUGCUUGGGGUGCCGUACUGGCUUGCCACGCCGCCUGCUCCAACUUCGUCGGCCUUGUCGCCGUCCGCACCCUCCUCGGUAUCUUCGAGUCGGCCUGUCAGCCCGCCUUCGUCAUCCUCUCGUCCAUGUGGUACCGUCGCGAGGAACAGGCAUCUCGUGUGACCUACUGGUACAUGAUGAACGGAGCCCAGCAGGUCGUCGGCGGUCUGCUCGCCUACUGCUUCACCCACAUCAAGGGUGGCCCUCUCAAGUCCUGGCAGUGGCUUUUCCUGGCAUACGGCGUCAUCUCCGUCAUCUUCGGCGUCUUCGUCCUGUUCUGGAUGCCCGACUCCCCCAUGCGUGCCAAGUGCUUCUCCGAGGAUGUCAAGCGCGAGAUGGUCGAGCGUGUCCGCGAUAACCAGACCGGCAUUCAGAACAAGAACUUCAAGCGCGAGCAGGCUAUCGAGGCUCUAAUGGACCCCCAGGUCUGGGGAUACUCCCUCAUCGCCCUGUGCACCACCUUGCCCACUUCCGGUCUGGGUGCCUUCGCCAACAUCAUCAUCAAGAGCUUCGGCUUCAACACCCUCGAGGUGCAGCUGCUCGCCAUGGUUCUCGGCUUCUACAUCAUCUUCGUCCUCCUCGGCUCCGUCUGGCUGGUCAAGAAGUUCAACCAGAACCUCUACGUUAUGCUCGGCUUCUGUGUCCCCUCCGUCAUUGGCACCGUCCUUCUCAUGACUGUCCCCAACAACACCUUCUCCCAGCGUGUUGGUCUGCUCAUCUGCUACUACAUCACUUUGUCCUUCUGGUCCGCCCAGACCCUCGCACUGUCGCUCAUCUCCCGAAACAUUGCCGGCCAGACCAAGAAGCAGUUUGCCGUCGCCAUCAACUUCAUCGUAUGGGCUGCUGGUAACGCCAUCGGCCCCCAGGUCUUCCUCAAGUGGGACGGCCCGCGCUACUUCAUCGCCUUCGCCACCCACCUGGGCUGCUACGCGCUGCUUAUCGUCAUCAUCAUCAGCCUCCGCAUCUACCUCGCCCGCGAGAACAAGAAGAGAGACGACAUGGUCGCUGCGGGUAUUGUGGAGGCGUCUCCCGAAUACACCGCCCACUCCUUCGAGGACAUGACGGACAGGGAGAACCUGUCGUUCCGCUAUGUGUUCUAGAGAAAGUGUAUAGGCUCACGUGUGAUCUGUUUAUUUGUAAGAUGUAAUGAAGAAGACUUGACCAAGUUAAUAUACCCCACACAUCAUC